AUAAUUUUUUAAAAUUCCCAAACUUAUGUCCCUGUAUAAGAAAAAAGUGAUAUAGCUUGUAGAGAUUAAAAUUUAAUUUUAAAAAUACCAAGACGAAAACUAUUCGUCUUAAAAGUAGAGAGAAAAAUUAAAAUUUGAGAAUUAUUCAAGACUAAACUUUAAAGUAAUUAGUAAACAAUGCACAUUUAUAAUUGCUGAUUUUAAAGCAUACCAUAACCUUGACCCACUAAUUAAAAAUAUAAUGUAUAUCAUAACCUUGCUCACUUUAGUUUGGAAAAUCCUCUACUUUGCACGAUAUAAAUCCCCGGAUCUGAAGCGACAAGAUGAGAGAGACAUCAUAUAUUCCAAAAUCAGUCCCAUAGAUACAUGAUGGGUGAUGUUGAGAUGAAGUCUUCAUCAGUUGAGGUAGUCGUGUGUGCUUCCACAAACAAAACUAAUGCCCUCCCAGUUAACACUACCAAGCCCUCACAUUUGACCAAGCUCCAUGCAGGUUACUUUUUCAUAAGCCUUUCCUUCGGUGCACAAGCUUUGCUGUGGAAGAGUUUGAGUAUACACAACAAGGACUCACAAACUCUCUGGCAUGGAUUUAAUUUGAUGCCAUCCUUUGCAUUUCUACUACUUUGGUGUGUGGCUACUCUAUCCUUUCUUUACGUGCUCAAGUGCAUCUUUCACUUUGACAUGGUGAAGGAGGAGUUUUCACAUCACAUUGGAGUGAACUGCGUGUAUGCUCCUUGGAUUUCUUGGCUUCUCAUGCUUCAAUCAGCACCUAUGAUCGUUCGUUCAGCUUCUUACUAUCAAGUUCUUUGUUUGGCCCUUUCGUUUGUGGUACUGGUGCUUGACGUAAAACUAUAUGGACAAUGGUUCACAACUAAAAAGAGGUUUCUGUCAAUUGUGGCAAACCCUGUAAGCCAGGUUUCGGUUAUAGGUAACUUGGUAUCUGCUCAAGUUGUUGCAGAAAUUGGUUGGAAAGAGAGUGCAGUUUUAAUGUUCUCAAUUGGGUUGGUAUAUUAUUUAAUAAUAUUUGUAACGCUGUAUCAGCGUCUGACAAGUAGCAACCAGUUUCCCACAGUGCUAAGGCCAACUUACUUCUUGUGUUUUGCUGCACCAAGCGUCACAAGUCUAGCCUGGAAAUCCAUCACAGGUGCUUUUGUCACCCCAUCAAAGAUGCUGCUCUUUCUUUCUUUAUUCCUUUUCAUGUCUCAGGCUUGUAGGCCAACCCUAUUCAAGAAAUCCAUGAAGAGGUUGAAUGUUACAUGGUGGGUGUACUCAUUUCCUUUAACCUUCCUUGGUCUAGCUUGUGCGGAAUAUGCUCAAGAGGUGAAAAGUAGUAUGGCCUCUUGGUUAAUGCUGGUUAUAUGUAUGCUCUCGGUACUGCUUUUCAUUGGUUUAAUGAUCAUCACUGUACUCAAAAUUGAGAGGCUGCUCCAUAAAAAUGCUCCCAUUAUGACUUGAAAAUAAAAUGCUUCAUUAAAGGCACUUCUCUCCUGUACACUUUGUUUGGUUUGAGAAAGGAAAUAAAAAGAGAGAAUAUGAGUAAAAAAACAAGUAACAAAAUAAAUGAAUAAAUAUAAAUUUAUAAGUCAUUUAGUAUAAGACAAACAUAAAAGAAAGUAAGGAAGAAAAAUUAUUAUUUUCAAGUAAAGACAAAUACGUCCUCUUGGUUAAAAAAACUAUUUAACUAAAAGUUUAAAUUAUAUUUUUUAUGCAAUAAGUUAGUAUUUUAUAUUAUAUUAAGAUAAAUAAAUAUUGACUAUACACAUAUUUAUAAUUUUUACAUUUAUCUAAAGUUUAGUGCAUGUAAAUAUC